UUCUAUAGUUUGGCAAAGCGAAUUUUUGCGGCUUUGAUCUGCUUUCCAAAUUUCCUUAACUUAGAAUAUUAAUUUUUGUUUAGUUUACAAAGAAAAAAGUGCAAAAUCCAAACAGCAUAGCUUCUAGCCGAAAUAAGCAAAGCCAACUGACUGAGUUGACACAAUGGCGGGCAACUUCUGGCAGAGCUCGCAUUCCCAGCAAUGGAUACUCGACAAACAGGAUUUGCUGCGCGAACGACAAAAUGAUUUACUCGCACUCAGCGAGGAUGAGUAUCAAAAGAUAUUCAUAUUCUUUGCGAAUGUCAUCCAAGUGCUCGGCGAGCAGCUGAAACUGCGCCAGCAGGUCAUUGCCACGGCAACAGUUUACUUCAAGCGCUUCUAUGCACGUAACUCAUUGAAGAACAUUGAUCCGCUACUUCUGGCGCCCACCUGCAUUCUGCUGGCCUCCAAGGUGGAGGAAUUUGGUGUCAUAUCCAAUUCGCGCCUUAUUUCCAUUUGCCAGUCGGCAAUUAAGACGAAGUUUAGCUAUGCGUACACCCAGGAGUUUCCCUAUCGCACUAAUCAUAUACUCGAAUGCGAGUUUUAUCUACUAGAGAAUCUAGACUGCUGCCUAAUUGUCUUCCAGCCGUAUCGACCAUUGCUGCAGCUCGUCCAGGACAUGGGUCAGGAGGAUCAGCUAUUAACGCUUAGCUGGCGCAUAGUAAACGAUUCGCUGCGCACAGAUGUCUGCCUGCUCUAUCCGCCAUAUCAGAUUGCAAUUGCCUGUCUGCAAAUCGCUUGCGUCAUAUUGCAAAAGGAUGCAACGAAACAGUGGUUCGCUGAGCUCAACGUGGACUUGGACAAGGUGCAAGAAAUUGUGCGCGCUAUUGUCAAUCUGUAUGAGCUGUGGAAGGAUUGGAAGGAGAAGGAUGAAAUUCAAAUGUUGCUGGCCAAAAUACCUAAACCCAAGCCACCGCCACAGCGUUAAGUGCAAAAGAAACCAUCGACGCAUUAAAAUAUGUAUUUAAGUUUUAAUUGUAAUUCUUACAUUAUAUAUUUAUGGCUUAAUUUAAGUCUUACAGAUA